UACAUGUAAUCAAAUUCCAUUUCUUUCCCUCAAAAAAAAAUCAAAUUCCAUUUCUACGAAUCUACCAUCAGCUUGUUUCAGCACCGCCGGUGAGUUUGGCGGCCCCACUGAUGCCACAGUGUGAUGCGUGUCACAUUAACAACCUCAGCACUCAGCAGUGAGUUUCAGUUUGGCACCCAGAAUUGAACCGCAGAACCUGGAAAAUCGAUUGCUUCUACAUGGACAAGGAGAACAAACAAUGGCCAGGAGAAAGAUUUUGUUGUUCUUGAAACCCUUUGAUGUUCACCAUCUUCGCCUUUCUGAAUCAUUUUCUGGAUUUUCCAAUUCUAAGACACUUCGCCAUUUGGACAACAGAAUUCAAGUUCACAGGGAUGCUAUAAGCUUUUGUCAGGAAGUUCUAAAACGAAAGUCGGUUGAGUGGGAAACUCUAUUUCACACUGAUUUAUCUCGCCCAAUCCGAGACGUGGAUUUGGUCGUAACUGUUGGAGGUGAUGGCACUCUUUUACAAGCUAGUCACUUUAUGGAUGAUAGUGUUCCAGUUGUAGGAGUAAAUUCGGAUCCCACACAGGUUGAAGAGGUGGAACGGUUCAAAGACGAGUUUGAUGCUACUAGAAGUGCAGGCUACCUUUGUGCAGCUACUGUCAACAACUUUGAACAGGUGUUGGAUGAAAUUAUCAACAGACGUGCUAGAGCUUGUGAAAUAUCAAGAAUAUCCAUACGAGUCAACUCCCACUUAUUGCAGACACAUGCUCUGAAUGAUGUUUUGAUUGCUCAUCCAUGUCCUGCGUCAUUGUCUCGGUUUUCAUUCAGACUCAACAAUGGCGAGUUAGUAAAUUGCCGGUCAAGUGGAUUAAGAGUUUCAACAGCAGCGGGAUCAACUGCUGCUAUGCUUUCUGCUGGUGGGUUUGUGAUGCCCAUAUUGUCUAAGGAUCUCCAGUAUAUGGUCAGAGAGCCCAUACCCACACCCACACCCACGCCCACGCCCACGCGCAUAAUAACAACGGGUUCAAAUUCUAGCGUCGUGCAUGGUUGGGUCAAAUCUCAUCAGACCAUGGAAAUUACUUGGUCCACUGAACAAGGUUUUGCAUACAUUGAUGGUAGCUAUAUUGCUCAUCCUAUUAACAAAGGGGAUAUCAUCCAAUUAUCAGCAAUGGCACCUGCUCUCAACAUUUUCCUGCCACCCCACUUAUUAUCUUCUUCUAAUAAGCAUGCAAAUUUAUGAUUUUUUUUUUAAAUCUUUAGAGACUAAAGUAACACAAGGAAUAUACUUGUAUGUUUUUCACUUGUUUCUUUUUGGGUGCUCUGAAAAUGGCUACAUAACAAAUACAGACUAGUUCUGGUUUGAACC